AGGCACAGCAACGAAAGUCCAUCUGGCGGCUUUUCAAGCUGUUCAUCCGUCUGCGGCGCUGACAACAAGCUUACACAGCAAUUGCAUGGCUAUUUAUCUAUAGGAUAGCCAGUACAACGCUCGACUCUAUUGGAGUUGUGAAAGUUAUAUUCACCACCAUUCAAGUUGAACGUUGAAGGCCGGUAUCUCCAGUGUUCCACGCGAUGUCUGCGAUCAAAGUCAUUCCUAAGUUCGUUACACUCCCAAACGGUGUUCAGCUCUACACCGAGCGCGUUGCUCUCACAGAACCAGCAGAUUCCUCCGAAACGCACACCAUUGUGCUCAUUCAUGGAAUGGGGGGUUCCACCUCCAUCUUCUACCCCAUAUACGCCUCUCUCCUUUCGUCUUUUCCUUCUUCCACCCUUCUCGCCUACGAUCAAGCCGGCCACGGCCUCUCCCCUAUCGAUCCGUCCAAAGUUCACGGCGGAGCAAACCCUCUAGCCAUCGAUGACAUACGAUCCGACCUCGAUGCACUCAUUACCCAAGAAGCACCUACGGGACGACUCAGCGUCAUCGCACAUAGUGCGGGCACACUCAUAACUUCAUACUUCCUCAUCUCUUCCUCUCCAAACGUUGCUCGCAUCUCGCAUGCGGUAUUCAUCGGGGGUCCGUUGAGCAUGCCUGCCCCGCCAGAAGUCACCACGAUGCAACUAGCCUUUUGCUCAAAAGUCGAGAAGGAAGGUACUUCUGCAAUAGCUGAAGAUGUCACCCCGGCUUUGGUGGGGAAGACAUCGAUGCAAUCCAGACCUGUCGCAGUAGCGCUUGUGAGGAGUUUGCUCCUUGGACAACCGAAAGACGGUUAUGCUGCUGCUAUUCGAGCGCACUCUGCAUUCAUGAAGUUGGGUCCUUUUCCCUUCGAGAAGUUCCCCGAUGCGCUAGAAGUGUUGUUCGUGGGAGGAGAAGAGGAUUUAUUCGUUUCUCCGGAUGCAAUGAACACGCUUUCUGAGAAAGUCCGCAAUUCCCAAGUCAUCACUUUGCCUGCGGUGGGCCACACGCCACAAGUGGAGGUUCCCUCUGAGUUUGUCGACGUUGUUGCCAAGUUCUUGAAGGUAUAAGCCGUUUUCCCCUUACAUAUCAAAAGAUCCACUAGGAUCGGCAUAAAGGAGAGAAUUCAUUCAAAUUGAAUGUAAGGGAUGACGGAUGUAAGGCAGCGGUAAACGAACGGGAUGACUGAGACAGUCAAAGAGAUGAACAGGCAGGGAAGUCUGGAGGGAAUAAGUACUAAGUCUGAGACCGAGAAGAGAAAAAGCUGAGAAGGGGG